AUGGCCAAGGGAGAGGAGCGCCGUCUGACCGACGUGUCAAUCUCGUGGGCCGACGCUUCUGGCCAGCACCUCCGACUUGAGCCGUCCAAGGACGUCAAGAUUACACUCCUCCUACGAGAGGACCCCAAGACAUGGGGUUGGAUCCAGGUCACAUUCCCAAGCACCGACAUUGCCCAUGUCAGACGGAAAUCCAAGAGCGCCAAGCCCCGCCUCCUCCCCGCGCCUGGCCGCAAUACCUUCAUUGACUUGCUUCCUCCGAACGUUGACGUGUUCGCCACCACCUUUAAGCCCCGCGACGAGCCUGAUUCUGUUCUCGUCGUCGAUGUGACCCUGGAAGACCCCGAUGUGGUCUGGAUCAGAGCUCGAGAUGCCGGCUCGGUUGCCCUCAACGAUGCGCAGAUGGAAGCUGUUCACCUCUUGAAGUUAUUCCCUUCAAUCGACAGCACCUCUACGUUGAACAAGCCUAGGGGCCAGCCCCUUACAUUCCCCGAGACUUCCCGAUUCAGGAUUUCCGUUCCUUCCGACAAGAAGGUCAAGAAGCAAGACUGGGACUGGGACAAAUACUUUGCCGAUGACACAGCUAGAACGGCGUACAAUUACGGCUUCGUUGUCGACAAGCGCCGCCGCGCUGGAUUGAGGAAGCCUCGUCGAGAGGCUGAUUGGAGGAAUUAUCACAUCAGAGGACAGUCUCCGCGGCAGUCUGUUCAAUCCAGGCUUCCAUUCAGCGUCAAGAAAAGUGGCAAAGAUAUCGAAAUGGCUGGUCUCGCUGCUCCCGCUGCUCCGAAGAAGAAUAAUCUCGCAGACAAAACUGUCCGUCUGAGUGUCCCCGACGUCAUGGAGAAUGAAGGGGAGAAAGAAGUCAACAACGAACAUGACGUCUAG